AUGGAGGACCAAGCAAAUAGGCCCCACCGUAAGACGAAAGAGAAGAAGAAGCAUACUGGAGACCGCAAUCCAAAAGCAUUUGGCUAUGCAAAUCCAGGUCGGCUUGCUAAGCAAGCUGUGCGCUCCCACGAUAUCAAAGAGAAACGCCUCCAUGUCCCUCUCGUGGACCGCUUGCCGGAAGAAGCGCCUCCAAUUAUUGUUGCCGUCGUUGGCCCACCGGGGGUUGGAAAAACUACACUCAUAAAGUCUCUGAUCAAACGAUACACAAAGCACAACCUCAGCUCUCCAAGUGGUCCCCUCACCGUCGUUACAUCCAAGCGCCGGCGUCUCACCUUCAUAGAAUGUCCCGCAGAUUCUCUCGCCAGUAUGAUUGAUGUCUCAAAGAUAGCUGACAUUGUUCUCCUCAUGAUAGACGGCAAUUUUGGCUUCGAGAUGGAGACGAUGGAGUUUUUGAAUGUGCUGGCUUCUAGUGGUAUGCCUGGCAAUGUCUUCGGUAUCCUGACCCACCUCGAUCUUUUUCGAAAGCCAAGUACUCUGAAAGAUGCGAAGAAGAGGUUGAAGCACAGGUUCUGGAGCGAACUAUAUCAAGGAGCAAAGCUGUUCUACUUGUCCGGGGUGAUCAACGGGAGAUAUCCGGAUCGAGAAGUGCACAACCUUUCCCGGUUUAUCUCCGUGAUGAAGCAACCGAGACCGCUGAUCUGGCGCAACUCGCAUCCUUACUGCUUGGCUGAUCGUAUGCUGGAUGUCACGCCCCCUACGACAAUAGAGGAGAACCCUAAAUGUGACCGGACCAUUGCACUCUAUGGCUAUCUCAGAGGAACCAAUUUCCCUGCUGAUGGAGCUCGAGUCCAUAUUCCAGGGGUUGGAGACCUGAGCGUUUCGGCAAUCGAAGCUCUACCGGACCCUUGUCCCACACCUUUCAUGGACCAAGCGAUCGCCAAAGCAUCAGGAAAAGCAGGGCGCCGACGCUUGGGCGAAAAGCAAAAAGUCCUCUUCGCACCAAUGUCAGAUGUGGGAGGUGUAUUGGUGGACAAAGACGCUGUGUAUAUUGAUGUCAAGACCUCGAACUUCGAUAAGGAUGCCGCCAAGGGUGAAGAGAGAGGUUUGGGAGAGCAGAUGGUGGUGGGAUUACAAAGCGAGAGAAGACUUUUGGGAGAGGCAGAGGAUGGUGUAAGGCUGUUCACUGGUGGGGAUAUGCUCAAGGAUGAUACGAACGGGGCAACCGAGAACGAUGCCGGCAGGAAGGAAAGGAGAAAAGCCAGGAUCGUGGAGCAAGAGCCUAGCGACAACGAUCUUGAGCCGGAAGACGAGGGUUUCGUCAGUGGAGAAGAGGAGGAGGAGGAGGAGGCGGAGGAGGAGGAGGAGGAAGACGACGCAGGCUCUAUGGUGAAAGGGGACAUAUCUGCGGACAAGCUUGGCCGUGCAUUCAAGCCCUCAAAAGAUGGUUCGCCCAACGGUAGAGUCGAUGGUGAUUUAGCUUUUGCUGAGAGUGAUUCUGAGAUCGGCUCUGUCUCUAGUGAGGAGGAUCAAGAACUGGAAAGUGGACCUGACGAAUCGGAGUUUGAAGAUGACGACGAAGAGGACGCUGCCUUGCGAUGGAAGUCCAAUCUAAAGGAGAAUGCGCAAAAACUACACAGCAAGCAGAGACAGUAUCGAGUCUCGGACUUCGCUAAGAUGUUAUACGACAAUUCACUAUCACCAGCCGACGUUGUUCGCAAGUGGAGAGGAGAGAAUGACAAAUCCGUUCUGGGCAAUGGCAAUGCUUCGGAGUCAGAAGCGGAAGAGGACGAUAAUUUCUUCCGGAAGGCAAAGCGUGGUGAUGAAGCGGAGGAUCUUGAGGACCGGUCCAUUCCGCAAUACGACUAUGAUACUCUAGCCCAGAAAUGGAGUGAUCCGGACAACCUUGAAAAUCUGCGGCAUCGUUUUGCUACGGCCAAUCUUCUGAAAGAAAGGGAUGGCGAUGAUGGAGGUGCUCUCGGAGGUUCCGCAUAUGAAGAUGAUGAGGGUGACGGCGACUUUCAAGACCUCGAAGCCGCGCCUAGCUCAAAUACUGGUGAUGCGCCAGAAAAUGCGGAAACCUCGCUUGAAGCAGAGAGAGAGAAGAACGCUCGGCGAAAGGAGGAGCUCAAGCUUCGCUUCGAGGAAGAAGAUCGAGAGGGUUUUGGAAAACAAGCAGAACGUGGAGAUGGUGGCGGGGAUGCUGAGGGCGAGUUCGGAGAAGACGACUGGUAUGAUGCUCAAAAGGCUGAUAUACAAAAACAACUCACAAUCAAUCGCGCUGAGUUCGAGUCGUUGGAUGUAAAUUCGAGAGUACGGGUGGAAGGACACAAAGCUGGCACGUAUGCCAGAAUUGUAUUGGAAAAGGUGCCCUGUGAGUUUGCGGCGACUUUCAAUCCAAGAUAUCCAGUCAUUAUCGGAGGCCUAGCUCCCACAGAAGAUCGGUUUGGCUUUGUUCAAGUGAGAAUCAAGAGACAUCGAUGGCACAAGAAAAUCCUGAAGACUAAUGAUCCUCUCAUUUUUUCGAUGGGUUGGCGAAGAUUCCAGACACUGCCGGUCUAUAGCAUCUCCGACUCCCGCACCCGGAAUCGCAUGCUGAAGUACACUCCUGAGCAUAUGCACUGCUUCGGUACUUUCUUCGGACCUCUCAUCGCUCCCAAUUCAGGCUUCUGCUGUGUCCAAUCCUUCUCCAACAAGAAUCCCGCCUUCCGAAUUGCAGCUACAGGGGUAGUGCUCAACGUUGAUGAGAGUACGGAGAUUGUGAAGAAGCUAAAGCUCACCGGCCAUCCAUACAAAAUCUUCAAAAAUACUGCAUUCAUACGAGAUAUGUUCUCGACAUCCCUUGAGAUCGCCAAAUUCGAAGGUGCCUCGAUUCGUACAGUGAGUGGGAUUAGAGGACAAAUCAAGCGAGCUCUCGCCAAGCCAGAAGGUCACUUCCGAGCUACCUUCGAAGAUAAACUACUCAUGAGCGAUAUCGUCUUCCUUCGUGCAUGGUAUCCAGUCAAACCGCAUCGAUUCUACAACCCAGUGACGAAUCUUUUGGAAAAUGUUGCAGAAGUAACAAGAGAUGAGAUGGACGAUACCGGCUGGAAAGGCAUGCGCCUAACGGGUCAAGUCCGCGCCGAUCAAAAUCUUCCAACUCCCCAGCAAAAGAAUAGCGCCUAUCGGCCAAUCGAGCGCCCAACUCGACACUUCAACCCUCUCCGCGUCCCUCGCGGACUCGCUGCUGAGCUUCCCUUCAAAUCCCAAAUCGUACAAAUGGCUCCUCAACGCAAACAGACCUACCUACAAAAGCGAGCGGUAGUACUAGGAGGCGAAGAGAAGAGGGCGAGGGAUCUGAUGCAGAAAAUCAUGACGCUUAGAAAAGAGAAGGUGGAGAAGAGAAGGGCGAAGCAGGAGGAGAGGAAAGAACCAUAUAGGAGGAAAGUAAGGGAGAAUGAAGAGAAAAAGGCGGAGAGAGAGAAGAGGGAGAGGGAUGAAUAUUGGAGGAAGGAAGGAAAGAAAAGGCGGAACCAGGACGAUGGAGGUGGGGGCAGAGGUGGGAAAAGAGUAAAGAGGUAG